AUAUAUAUGUACUCCUCCUCUAGCUUCUUGAUAAGGAGAAGCAACAACUGAGAUUGAGGCGCAGAAGGCAAUAGACUUAGAGUUCGACUUCAUAUUAGGCGAGAGAGCGCGAACACGUUCGUGUUGAUCGAUCGAUGGAGAAGAGGCAGAAGAAGCACGGGAGGUCCAGGAGCUUCACCGGCGGCGGGCUGGCCUCGUUCCUCAGGUCCACCGUCGCGUCCUUCUCCUCCACCUUCCCGUCGUCCCGCGGCAGGUCCUCCUUCAACCACCGCAACGCCUUCUCGGGGCCCAUCGUCUCCAUCGUCCCGCCGGAGGCCCGCGGCAGCAGGAGGAAGCAGUCGGGGUACCGGACGCCCGAGCCGUCAUCGCCCAAGGUGUCGUGCAUCGGGCAGAUCAAGAGGACCAAGUCCAAGAAGAAGGUCAACCAGUGCGGCAAGAACGGCGGCGCCUGCCCGCUGCCGCCAAGGCCGCCGGCGCCGGCGGAAGGGCGCUGCAGACCGAAGGGCUCUCUCGUGAAGCGGAUGUUCUUCCGGCGCAGCAGGUCGCGGUCGCGGUCGUCGAGAGAUGGUUUCAGUAAUGGGAAGGGGAGCAACGGCGCCGUGGCGGCGGCCCCGGCGCCGGCUGCGGGGCUCGGGCAGAUGAAGCGGUUCACGAGCGGGCGCGCGGCGUUUCAGGACUUCGACUGGCGGGAGGCGGAGAGGAGGGACCGUGAGGACGACGAAGAGGAAGAGGAAGACGAGGUGUUCGUGGCGCACUCCGCGCCUCUGGUGCUCGGCGGUGGGGUGGUGGCGUCGGAGCCGAGGAAGGAGGUGAACUUGUGGAGGCGGCGCCCCAUGGCUCCUCCCACUCCGCUUCAGCUUGUCUAGAUAAGCAAGCUGCAUCUACAUGCGUACUUGCAUGCAUGUUCAUCUCUGUGUGCCAAUGCCCGUGUUCUUUAGUUUGUACAGCCCUAUACAGUACACACUUAUGUGAAGAUCAUAAAAGUUUAGUUGAUUUUGUAAAUGUGGUGCUCGUCUCUGGAAAGGAAAUAGACGGGGGGAAACAAUAUGUUUGGCUUCCUUCUGUUGUUAUCAUUGGCCGUAUUGCCAAGAUGACAAUAAUUGGCCUUUGAUGGGAGAAGAUUUGUACUCUCUCCAUUUCUUUUUAUAGGGCAGUUAGGUUUCUAGAAAGUCUUUAAAAAUAUAUUUUAAUUAUUAAAUUCUCUUACAAUA